AUGGCCGCGCCGCAGGAACCGAGUUCGUCUGCAGCGCCGCCCAGCUACAUCUACAGCCGCCUGCCAGACGCGCGCUCCAUCCGCAUCCUGACGCUCGAGCCCAGCGACGACGCAUCGUCCCCGCUCACGGGCACGAUAGAGGAAGCGCUCCUCGACGCCACCGCCUCGUCGUUUGCGCCCGCCGUCGCGCCGUACGAGACCAUCUCGUACGCCUGGGGCACCGGGUCGCGCGACCACGCGCUCUUCGUCCACGACGACAACGCCAACGACAACGACGAUGGCCACCACCGGCAACCAGCCGCGCUGCCCCUGACGGCCAGCCUCCACGAUGCCCUCGCGCGCGUGCGCCUGCGCGACGCGCCGCGCCGCAUCUGGGCCGACCAGAUCUGCAUCAACCAGGACGACCUCGCCGAGCGCAGCCAGCAGGUCCGCCUCAUGAACGCCAUCUACCGCGGCGCCGCCCGCAUCCUCGUCUGGCUGGGCAGGGACGGCGAGGGCGUGGCCGAGGACGCGGCGCGCAUGGUCCGCGACCUCGACGCCGUGUUCCGCGACGAGGAGCGCCACAGGGCGUUCAAGAAGGCGCACUCGGAGGAGCUGCAUCUGCAGAGGCGGGAGCCGUGGAUGCCGCUGUCCAAGAUGACCAAGCUGCCGUGGUUCCACCGCAUCUGGAUCGUCCAGGAAAUCGGCACCGACGCGCCCGCGACGCUCUUCUGGGGCGCCUCGGAGCUCGACUGGCAGGUCCUCUCGCACGUCGCCGGCGUCCUCAACCAGGACUAUCACCACCUGCGCGCGCGCUUCGGCAUCGGCACCCCCAACAUCCGCUACCUGCACCGGCGCUUCGUCGAGCCGGGCGUCGUCGUCGCGGGCGGCAGCAACAGCGGCAAAGGCAACUCGUCGUCGUCGUCGUCGUCGUCGUCGUACGACGAGCACCACAACCGCGGCAGCUUCGUCUACGAGCUGCACCGCGCGCGCCACAUGCUCGCCCGCGACCCCCGCGACCACGUCUACGCCUUCCUCGGCCACUUCUCCGUCCGCAAGGGCAGCUGGGCGCUCGCGGGCCUGCAGGCCGACUACGCGCGCCCCGUCGCCGACGUCUACGUCGACGUGGCCGUCCGCGUCCUCAAGGGCGCCACCUCGCUGAUCCUGCUGUCGGCGAACCACAACGCCGACGGGCCCCAGCGCAGGACGCCCUUUGACCAGACGGACCUGCGCCUCCCCUCGUGGGUGCCCGACUGGCGCGUCCUGCCCGUCCACAUGAUCGGCUCGCCCCAGACGCCGCACCGCGCCGCGCGCGACACCCUCCCGCAGCUGGUCGUCGAUGAGGAGAAGCGGCUGCUGCACGCGCGCGGCUUCCGCGUCGACACCAUCGCCAAGCGGUCGUGGGUGUUCUACGGCAAGGCGUUUCAGUUUAAGCAGGCGAACUCGUACUCCAACUCGGUGGACGUGCUGUGGCGCGAGUACUGCGGCUACGACACGUUUAACCUAGAUGAUCGGUAUCCGGGCGGUGCGGGCGCGGAGACGGAGGAUGACAACGACGACGGCGGGUUCGAAGCGUCUUCCUUCUUCGCGCUCAUCCAGACCCUCACCAACGCCUGCAUCGGCGUGGACCGCUCCCGCCCCUACGCCUCCAUCCCCUCGCGCAGGUGGCUCGCCGGCGGCGCCGCCUACCUCUCCCGCUCCGGCAUCCCGCCACAGCGCAUCUCCCCCGCGAUCCGCGCCGCCGCCAGGGCCGACGCCGCCACGGGCCGGCCGGCCGGCGACGCCUUCAAGUGGAGCCACGAGGCGACGCUCGUGACGCGGUACCGGCGCUUCGGCGUCACGGCCGGGGGGCGGUACGUCAUGGGGCCGGAUGCCAUGCGCGAGGGGGAUGUCGUCGCGGUGCUGUACGGCGGGCGGACGCCCUUUGUGCUGAGGAAGAUGGAGGGAGGCGACGGUGAAGGAGGAUGGAGUCUCGUGGGGGAGUGCUACGUCCACGGCAUCAUGAACGGCGAGGCGCUGCGGGAUGCCGACUUGGAAGACGAGGCGUUCGCGAUGCGCUGA